AUAUAUAUUGUUGCUUAGCCUCUUCAGUCACUAAUGCUAAUGCUUAAAACCUACCAGUAGUGUAGAGACAUUUUAGCUUGUUGUGUUUUCAGAUCUGUGAAGAUCUGUGAAGGCUAAAGCUAGCAGCUAGCAGCUAACGCUAGCAGCUAAGGAUGGAUACAUAACAUUUCUUCGUAAUGUUGAAAACGAAAGAUUAGGAACAUUUGUAGAACUUCGGAAACUAAACUCAAACUCAAGAGGAUCCAAUAACUCAAACUUAAGCUAGCAGCAGUUAAAAAAAAAAAAAAGAAGAUUCUGGAUGCUAAUGGCUAAGAAUUCUUUACAGAUUAGAAAAAAAAACGUAUGAUCAUACAAAUGGCUUCACUUCUAAAGUAAUGAAAGGCAAUGGACAAACAUUGUUAAGAAAGACAAAGGCUUCUGUUAGCUAACUGUUGCCAGCUUUUCACAAUUGGCUAAUCAAGAAGAACUUAACUUUAGCAGCUUAGUAAGAUGACUAGGCUAAAAUAGGCAUUUUUCACGAUUACAAAAAUCUAAGGCUCUUUAAAAUUAGCUUUAACUCGACAGUGAGCAGUUAAAGAACAUCUGAAGGCUAAUGCUAACAACUCAGAGGGCUAGCCAUUGAGUUUAGGAUUUCUUCACAGUCUUGAAAACUGAGGAAUAGGAUUGAGAAAAGUAGUUAUACGUUUAGAGAAAUAUAUUUUGAAGAACUUUAACAGCUAAUGCUAACAACCGGGAAAGCUGGAACAUAAGCUGUGAAUUAAAGAAUAUGGAAAAAUAGCUUUACCUAUUUAUAGUGAGAACUUUGAAGAUUUGCUAAGAGGCUAAUGCUAACCCAGAACCUAGCUUAGGAUCAUGAAAAGUAGCGUAACUUUUACUUAACCACAGUUUUUAUCUCCACAUUCAGUUUUUGUGUCUGAAAAGAUUGUUUAAAUGAGGCUUUUGUGAACAACACAGAUUUUCAUAUAGAUAAUAGUUUUAAUCUAUAAAAUUACACAUUGUGAAAUUGUGGUAAUACAUUAGAUAUUUUCUUUUUAAAUAUUAUAUUAGCUUUACCUUCACUGUGAUGUAUUUGAUGGUUGUUUUAAUUAGCUUAGGAUGCUAAUGCUAACCCAGUAUCUAUUUUUGUUUACUUUUUAAUCUGUAAAAUAGUAGUAAAUUAAGACUGAGGGAGUUUAAGAACCAGAAUGUGUCAAUCUCAGUCACAUCAGGAACUAGCGGCUAAUGCUAGCUAAUGUCAACAAGUUCAGGGCUCUCAUUAUUAGCUUCAGUGCAUGAUAGUGACUGGAAUGACCUUUAAAUACCUUUCUAGUGGGCACAACCCACUUCUCUGGACCCGACUCUACCCAAAGCACAUUGACAUAUCAGUGCUUUUAUAAGGAACUUCUACGACUCUUCUGAAGCUUUCUACAGAACUUUUCUGCUCGGACCUCUAAAAGUCGUGUUUGCUGUGGGAUGGGGUAGCAGCAAUGGUGGUCACCCAGUUAGAGCUGGAGCUGUGCUACCAGGGGAAGAAGCUGCGAGGCUUCACCUGUAAACUCACCCGCUCAGCUAAUGGCUUCCUGCCCGAGAGCUCCUACCUCAUCGCCGCCCAGAUCUUCCUGCCGUACCUGGUCUCUGGGCUGGGCAUGGUGGCGGCUGGACUCGUCAUGGAUCUCGUUCAACACUGGGACGUGUUUAAAGUGAUCACGGAGGUGUUUAUCCUGGUUCCGGCUCUGGUUGGCCUGAAGGGGAAUCUGGAGAUGACUCUGGCCUCUCGUCUCUCCACUGCAGCGAACACUGGUCAGAUGGAUGAUCCUAAGCAGCAGUGGUUAAUGGUGACCAGCAACCUGGCCCUCAUACAGGUGCAGGCCACUGUGGUGGGCUUCCUCGCUGCGCUGGCGGCCGUGGCUCUUGGCGCCGUUUCCAGGGGGGGAGUGGAGCUGGACCAGGCGGCGGUUCUGUGUGCCAGCAGCGUGACCACUGCCUUUAUCGCUGCACUGUCUUUAGGGCUGGUGAUGAUUGGUGUGAUCAUCGGCUCCAGGAAAGUUGGCAUUAAUCCAGAUAACGUGGCGACACCGAUCGCUGCCAGUCUCGGGGAUCUCAUCACCCUCUCUCUGCUGGCCGGGAUCAGCAGCACCCUCUUCCAGUACAGAGAUAUCUGGUACCUCUCUCCGCUGGUGUGUGUGUUCUUCCUCUUGCUGAUCCCUCUGUGGGUGGUGAUCGCUCGGCGGAGUCUUCAGAUCAGAGAGGUGCUGAGAUCUGGCUGGCAGCCCGUCAUAGUGGCCAUGUCCAUCAGCAGUUUUGGUGGUUUGAUCCUGGACAAAACAGUCAGUGAUCCCAACUUUGAGGGCAUGGCUGUCUUCACACCAGUCAUAAAUGGUGUUGGAGGAAACCUGGUGGCCAUCCAGGCGAGCAGGAUCUCCACCUACCUGCACUUCUGGAGUAUUCCUGGAGUUCUGCCCUACAAGAUGAGGCAGCACUGGCCCAACCCCUGCAUAACCUUCUUUUCUGCAGGAGUGAACUCCAAGUCAGCGAGGGUCCUGUUCCUGCUGGUGGUCCCCGGUCACCUGGUCUUCCUCUUCGCUAUUAAAACACUACAAGGGGGCCACGCUGCCAUCACACUGCCCUUCACCUGCUGCUACCUGUGUGCUGCUCUACUCCAGGUGGGUAUCCUGCUCUACGUGGCUGACCUGAUUGUGCGGCUGAUGUGGAGGAAGGGCCUCGACCCAGAUAACUUCUCCAUUCCGUACCUGACUGCUCUGGGAGACCUGCUGGGAACCGGCUUCUUGGCCUUGUGCUUCCACCUGGUCAUGCUGAUGGAGGGGCUCGGCCUAUGAGAGGAUUAGGGGCGUGGCCUUCACUUCCAGACCUUGAAAGGGACCCCAUUGCACCACCGUCUUCUGGGCUAGCACCUUCUGCUGUCUCUGGGAGGUUAAAUAACACAGACUAACGGUACUCUAGCAGGCUGGAUGAGUGGACUAACACUAAUGAAUUCUCCUGUUGGACAUGAAACAUACAUACUGGACCUACAACAACUAUCUGUUACACUGUAAUACACUGUAAUGUGUGGGUGUGUCCUGUAGUGAUGACUUACACAUACUCAUCUUCAAACUUUGCAGGGCUUAUUUUCUUAUUUAUUAAAAGUAUAGACUAUUUUGGACUAUGGGACUAUCGACCAUCCUGUUCCACAUCCAACCAUCUAUUGUGUGACAUGUUAAAUGAGCUUGAAUGUGUGUGGAUUAAGAUUUGAGGACUGCAGAAGUCGCACAGAUUUCACUGAUAGAUAAAUGGCCAUAAGACCUUCUGUUGCUUUCUCCAAACUACUGCACUCAUCGUCAAAAACGAAAAUGCUUACGAAAAUAGUUGAACCCAGAAGGAUGUGACCAAAAGGAGACCAAUGCUAUUUUUAAGAAAGAUAAAUUCUUCAUAACAAGCAUAAAAAAGAUCGCUAGUAGUUUGUCUCAGUAGCUAGCUAGCAAGCUAACUUUCCCAUUCCACCUUAAAUGGCUCAACAGACAGCAGGGGCUGCAGCAUUUAAGGCGGAAUGAAUAAAUAAAAUAAAAUAAAAGCUAAUCAAAGCUAAUUUCAGCUUCCCAUUACAGAGGAAUUAGAGAAUGGACAAUAAUAAUUAAUUUCUGCACCCUCUCCCCCAAUAAAAUACGCCCUAAAGUUAACUAGUUAAUUUGCAGCAGCAGCAGUUAGGUUGCUGAACUUUAGCGCUCCUGAUGACGUACCGGGUGCUUGUUGAAGGGUCGUCCCAUUUUUCAGGGUGCAGGAUUUCACCCCUUACCCUUCUAACUCUGUUCCAAGGGGAAGAAGGGUUACACUCAAAAACAAGGGGUAGGGGUAAGUGGUGAAAUGGGAUUGGGCUUUAAAUGUGAUCUGGCAGCAUACAAAAUUGUGUACUCCACACCAUGACUUCUUGAAGCUAAUCACGGUGCCUCCACACAUGGAUUUAUUGGUCGUCCACACCAAGACAAAAGCAGGACCAAGUUUCAUUCCUGUUGGUUGAUUAAUUCUGGGUGCAGCUAUUUUUUUUAUUUUUUUAUUUUUUGUUUUUUUGACUAUGAGUGCGUUUUGGAUAGUUUGUAUUAUGGAAAGUACAGGGGUUGGACAAUGAAACUGAAACACCUGGUUUUAGACCACAAUAAUUGAUUGUGGUGACGGACAGUUCUGGUGGAAACAGGAGAGUUGAGGUGUACAUUAAAUUCUGCCAUGUUUUGUUCAGCAGUGGUUUUAUGUUUUUUGGAUACAAUCCGGGUAAGCACCCAAACAUCCCUUUCAGACAGCUUCCUCUUACAGCGUCCACAGUUAAUCCUGUUGGAUGUGGUUGGUCCCUGGAUACCGUGGCUCUUGAUACAUCACAAAGACUUGCUGUCUUGGUCACAGAUGCUCCAGCAAGACGUGCACCAACAAUUUGUCCUCUUUUGAACUCUGGUAUGUCACCCAUAAUGUUGUGUGCAUUGCAAUAUUUAGAGCAGAACUGUGCUCUAACCCUGCUAAUUGAACCUUCACACUCUUACAGCUCUUACUGGUGCAAUGUGCAAUUAAUGAAGAUUGAUCACCAGGCUGCUCCAGUUUAGACAUGAAACCUCCCACACUAAAAUGAUGACAGGUGUUUCAGUUUCAUUGUCCAACCCCUGUACAUGCUCAUUCCAGUGCUGGAUUAAAUUACAGAACAACACAAAAGUGAAGAAAAAGAGAAGAAACACAGAAGAAAGAAUGGGACCCGACUUGACGGAGAGAUUUUUGGAGGUUCUGCUGCUACAAAUAACCUAUAACACCUAGAAAAACACAAUAUUCAGGUUUUUUAGAUUUUAUGAAUUUUCCUCGACUAGUUCUUGAUUUGCCUUGCAGUGAAUCCGUGUCACUAUUUUUGUGCACUAAAUUGAUUUUUAGAGGUAGACCACAGUCUAAGUCAUCGUUGUUGUCAUUGUAGUUGACGUCAUCUGGUUAUGCCCACAUAUGGCACUCUGGAUGUAUGGAUUCUGGAUCUGACAUUGAUCCAUUUCAAUAGCAGAAAUAAAUGGGGUUUAAUAAAUGUGUUUUGAGCCAUAUACAGUACCUGUACCAAAUGUUUGGAU